AUGCCGAUAGCGGAGAUUCAGGUUCGGUUGGCAGAUGUUUUCAACGAGCGCAAAGAACCUGACGGUAAUAUCCUCUUGCCAAGAAGAGUCUUGGUCCGUGGACGCGCUGGCGUUGGCAAGACUACUUUGUGCAAGAAGAUGGUCCAUGACUUCAUCAGGAACAAAAUGUGGCACGAGACUUUUGACCGUGUGCUAUGGGUACCUCUGAGAAAUUUGAAGCAACGUGCAGGCUUAGGAUACGAUCUUAGGACGCUCUUCGAUCACGAGUUCUUUCGAUUCUCGGGAGAGCAUAAGAAAAGUGAUGGGACACGCUUCGCCAGAGAGCUGUAUAAAACACUGACACUUGGGCGAACCCUUUUCAUCCUUGACGGCUGGGAUGAAGUAGCGGGGACUAGUAAGGACGAUGAUAUGUUCGCUUUUCUAUAUGAACUUCUUAGCCAGCCUAAUGUCAUCAUCACAUCACGACCGUCUGCGACUCUUCCACACGGCAUCGAUGUCGAUCUCGAGUUAGAGACCAUCGGGUUCAGCCCAGCGCAGGUAGACGAGUAUAUCGAGAAAACCCAUGGAGAGAACGUGGAUGAGCUCAAAGCAUUUCUUCGAAGCCAUCAGCUCGUCCGCGGCCUUGUCCGCAUACCCGUACAACUCGAUGCUUUCUGCUACUGCUGGGGUGAUAUAGGGAGCGAUCGUGAAAAAAAGCCAGAAACGAUGACGACGCUCUACCAAGCGAUCCAAACGAGUCUGUGUAAGAAGGAUGCAGCUAGACUUGAGAAGAUUAAAGCUGAGUCUUUGACUACCGCCAGCCAGUCGUUCAUCGAAAAAUAUGUCAAGGAUGAACUGCGUUUUCUGGAGCACCUGGCUUUCGCUGGUCUGGCCGCUGAUAAGAUAGAGUUUAAUCUGAGUGACCGAAAUAGGGUCAACGAAGAUUCCAGUCUAUUGUUAGAUCUAGACAAGAGUCUUCCGUGCCUCUCGUUUCUACGGACCUCGGACCCAUCAGCCAAGUCUGCACACCAGCUCUACCACUUCAUACACCUAACAUUCCAGGAGUACUUCGCCGCACGAUACUUUGUGCGGCACUGGACAGAGAAACGUGAGAAGCGGGAGAUGCAGUACACAUUGUUCGAGAAGAAGAGCACUAGAGUCGUACAUCCUAUCGACUUUCUCCAAAAGCACAAAUAUGAUGCAGGAUACGACAUCAUGUGGCGCUUCGUUGCUGGACUGCUGGAUGACGCAGAUGAGUAUCAGUCAGCGCGCUUCUUUGAGGAGAUUGAGAAGGAGCCAGCUGAUCUUCUUGGACCAACGCAUCAGCGGCUUGUCAUGCACUGCUUGAGCGAGGCCACUUCUUUACCGGAUGAGAUUCGAGGGAGCAGAGAAAGACGAUUGGCGGAGUGGGUGCUAUUCGAGAUUGACUAUACCGGGUCGUCGACUUUGGAUAAGGACAGCGACGUACGAUAUUACGCCGCCAGAGCUAUAGGCAAGCAGUCGAUACUAUCAGAUACAACAGUGGCUGCUCUUGUGGAACUAUUCAAGGAUAAGGACAGCGACGCACGAUACCACGCCGCCGAAGCUAUAGGCAAGCAGUCGACACUAUCAGAUACGACAGUGGCUGCUCUUAUGGAACUAUUCAAGGAUAAGGACAGAAGCAUACGAUCCUCCGCCGCCAGAGCUAUAGGCAAGCAGUCGAUACUAUCAGAUACGACAGUGGCUGCUCUUAUGGAACUAUUCAAGGAUAAGGACAGAAGCGUACGAUCCUCCGCCGCCGAAGCUAUAGGCAAGCAGUCGAUACUAUCAGAUACGACAGUAGCUGCUCUUAUAGAACUGAUCAAGGAUAAAGACAGCAUAGCACGAUCCUACGCCGCCGAAGCUAUAGGCAAGCAGUCGAUACUAUCAGAUAUGACAGUGGCUGCUCUUAUGGAACUAUUCAAGGAUAAGGACAGCAGCAUACGAUCCUCCGCCGCCAGAGCUAUAGGCAACCAGUCGACACUAUCAGAUACGACAGUGGCUGCUCUUGUGGAACUGCUCAAGGAUGAGGACAGAAGCGUACGAUACCACGCCGCCAGAGCUAUAGGCAAGCAGUCGACACUAUCAGAUACGACAGUGGCUGCUCUUAUGGAACUAUUCAAGGAUAAGGACAGAAGCGUACGAUCCUCCGCCGCCGAAGCUAUAGGCAACCAGUCGAUACUAUCAGAUACGACAGUGGCUGCUCUUAUGGAACUAUUCAAGGAUAAGGACAGCAGCAUACGAUCCUCCGCCGCCAGAGCUAUAGGCAACCAGUCGAUACUAUCAGAUACGAUAGUGGCUGCUCUUGUGGAACUGUUCAAAGAUAAAGACAGCGACAUACGAUAUUACGCCGCCAGAGCUAUAGGCAAGCAGUCGAUACUAUCAGAUACAACAGUGGCUGCUCUUGUGGAACUAUUCAAGGAUAAGGACAGCGACGCACGAUACCACGCCGCCGAAGCUAUAGGCAACCAGUCGAUACUAUCAGAUACAAUAGUGGCUGCUCUUGUGGAACUAAUCAAGGAUAAGGACAGCGACGCACGAUACCACGCCGCCGAAGCUAUAGGCAACCAGUCGAUACUAUCAGAUACGACAGUGGCUACUCUUGUGGAACUGAUCAAGGAUGAGGACAGCGACAUACGAUCCUCCGCCGCCAGAGCCAUAGGCAAGCAGUCGAUACUAUUAGAUACGACAGUGGCUGCUCUUAUAAAACUGCUUAAGCAUGAGGACAGAAGCGUACGAUACCACGCCGCCGAGGCUGUGCAACGCAGACACUUCGUCACAUUCAACACAUAG